UCGAAUCGAUCUUCGGUGUCGAUACACAGUCAACAACCCCUGAAGCCCCAAGAGACUUACAAAACCGCCAAUACUGUGUUGUCGGUUGAUCAUUGCGAUUUGAAAUCGAGUGUGAACGACAGCAACGGCAAACUGAGAAGAGUCAAUCCAAGCUUCGGACUACUAGCGAUUAUGGCUCUGAUCGCCAUAUGUGGGUUGUUGCUUUUGGGGCACCUUCCAUCGGCUUUCUCGCUCCAGAGCGGAUUGAAGUCUGGUGCGGGUUUUUUAUCCCAGACGCCUAGCUCGACUGGUUUGCAAGACUUUUUCCAGCUCUAUCAGCCGAUAUCGUUCGCUUCCAGUGGAGAUGAUAACUGCAAUGUCGAGAUCUUGCUCAUGGAUCAUGUUUUUGGAGUCAGUUAUGGAGCACCGUUUGUUGGCGACUAUGAGCCCCCAAAUUGCGAUUUUGAUACUGUACGAAUCAAUCUCACUGUCACUUCUCGGGGAAAGCAGUAUGACCGCCUGGCACUCAUGUACCUUGGAGACAAUGAAGUGUUCCGGACUUCAACGGCAGAGCCAACAACCAAUGGGAUUGUCUGGACCUAUAUCAAAGAGAUGUCGCAGUACAACUCGCUAUGGAAGAGCCCCCAGAAGCUGAUAUUUGACUUGGGAAAUAUCAUUAACGAUGUUUACACCGGCUCGUUCAAUGCCACACUAACAGCGCACUUCUCUACGGGGCAGAAUGUCAAGACCGCGGAUAUGAUUCUUCCAAUCUCAGCCAAAAAGUCGGCUUCAAACUCUUCAAGUGCCUUCCAACUUCCCACAGACAACACAACAGUCAUGUACAAGAUCCCUGCUGCGGCGUCGCGUGCUGUUGUCUCAAUAUCGGCAUGUGGACAGUCAGAAGAAGAGUUCUGGUGGUCCAAUGUCUUCUCUGAGGAUACCCAAGACUUUGGAAGCACCGUCGGUGGGCUAUAUGGGUACACUCCCUUUCGUGAAGUUCAGCUAUAUAUCGAUGGAAUCCUUGCCGGGCUUGUCUGGCCAUUCCCUGUUAUCUUCACGGGAGGUGUGGCUCCGGGAUUCUGGCGUCCUGUCGUUGGAACGGAUGCAUUUGAUCUUCGACAACCGGAGAUUGAUAUUUCCCCAUUUCUCCCCAUGAUUCAAGACGGGAAACAACACUCGUUUGAGAUCCGGGUGACUGGUCUUGAUGUCUCUUCAGAUGGGAGUGCCACAUUUGCACACACUGUGGGCUCCUAUUGGGUUGUGACAGGAAAUAUUUUCAUAUAUAUAGAUAACGACAGCUCAGCCGCUAAAGCCACCAUCACUCGUGACAACAAUGCGCCCACAGUGAAUGCUCCCUUGCCAGUGUUUUCUGUGACUCGAAAUCUUGUUCACAACGAGACCGGGGGAAAUGAUUCCUUGUCGUACUCUGUAGUUGUCAAGCGAGUUUUCCGCGCAACAUCUUCUCUGUACUCGUGGUCUCAGACACUAUCCUUCUCCAACCACGGUGUCCUUAACCAGCAAGGAUACAGUCAAGUCAACAGACAACUCACAACUGGCAAUAACACUAUCACCAAACUUGGAGAUACACCCAUUUCACACAGCCUUGAAUUCCAAUACCCGUUGGUUGUCAAUGCAACUUACGGUAUCACCUCGAAUGGGAUGACGAUUGACUCUUGGAUGAAGAGAGGUCUCGAUUUUGAGGCAACAGGAGGGCUCGGUAUUUCCACUUACACCUUGACCUCGGGACCAUCAUACCUACACACAACGCAGUCUGGCACGGCGAAGUAUAAAUCAAUCACUGGUGGAAAGUCAAGCUCUUGGGGCGACACCAGCAAUAUAUUUGCCAGUCAGAUGAAUGGGCGAUCAUACCACCGAUCUGUUCAUGCAGUUAAUGGUACCGUUGUACACGACACCGACCAUAAAGGCAAGACCUCUCCUUCUUCUCCUCAAGAGCUUGGGGAUACUGGAAGAGACAGUGUGAGGGCUAUACUUGGAAAGGGACCAGGAGCUCUCAUAAAUCAUGUCGAGGGUACUGAUCGGUUUGUCUACCGACUAGGGGGCAUGUUCUCCGACCUCACAAUUUACACCACGGACCAAGCCUUGAACGUGCACAGACUCGUAGUCUGCAGCCGAUCUGAGGCUUUCUGCAGAUUCCUCUCUAAUGUCCCCAAUGAAAGCAAACAGGCCCAUGAGUUCGAAAUAAAGGACGAACACCCACGAGUCGUAGAAGGCAUGAUACGCUCGUUCUACGGACUACAUUACGACAUCAACCGAUCAGACCCUCAAAUGUGUCCUAUGUUAUUCAAUGUCAAGGUAUACUCUCUUGCGGACAAAUUCGAGGUGGAAUAUCUCAAAAUCCAAGCAAAGUUAGCCUUCGUCACCCUCGCCCAAGAAAACUGGAACUCGGACGAAUUCCUGACGGCUGCUUUUGAAGCAUACAAAACAACACCAAAGUCGGAUCGAGGUCUGAGGGAUGUGGUCGUCGCCGUUUGUCAGAAGUAUAGGAAGGACCUGCGCGAGAAGAAGGGGUUUGAGAAAUUGCUUGAAGAAACUCCCGGGCUUGCUACCGAUGUUGUGCUACUUUCGCACAGAUGGUUGCCUCAGCCUGCGUCUGCGAGAGUUCGGAUCGUGCAGUCUUUCUCUUGUCUUUCUUGUUUUGCGAGAUGGCAGAUCGAGGUCGGGUUGGCAGAGUACUUUACUUCGUGUCCGUUUUGUCGGGAUGAUAAGGUUGGGGCUUUUUGA